AUGUCUUUCGCGUCCUCUUCCAUGCCCGACAGGCCAGAACGCCGGCCCAAAAGUCCACCGCUCGCUUUUGAACGAACAUCCAACGACGCCCUCAUUCCGCCUACUCAGAAUCGCCGCAGCCGGUCGACUUCGCCAUCUUCACGCUCAAACUCCAACUCCAACUUGAACAUGGGACGCGCAAGUCCGCUCAGUCCGGCGAGCAAUGUCGGACUCUUGCACGUCAUUGUCGACCAGCAGCACGAGACCAUCCAAGGCCUACACGACGCUUUCGCGAAAGAACGACACACAUGGGGCUUGGAGAGACAGCAUCUCCUCGAGCGCGUCGCACAAUUAGAGCAGUUGCUGAAGAGCGACGACCAUUGGAGCCCAGCAAAAUCUCCGAUAUUGUCGCCUUCAGCCGGAACGGACAUCACAUCACCACACUCGCGAGCAUUGCUCCCCACCAUCGCGGAAGACGAGAAUAUCGAGCCGCUGUCCAUCAGACGGAAUGGCGCCCCGACCUCGAUUGAGCUGCCCACCAUAACAGAGGCACCGAGCGAGGAACCACGACGAGAAAGCCUCGUUUCCUUCACCAAUGCCGAAGGGCUGCAGGUCACAGAGAUACCCACGUCGCCUUCACAGAGAAGCGGCACCUCACCGCCUCCACCUAAGAACCGCGUUCUUGCAGGGCAUACGCCUUUAAAGGCUCCCCGGCCGCCGACACCUCCACCCGGUAACAUGGCAAUGGAUGGAAUCGAAGAUACGCCUACGCGAAACAACACGCACAUCAACACGCUGCUUGUAAAGAGCAGUGACGAUGAGGAAGAUCCGGCAUUGAACGGACCACUGAACAUGCCGGCCCUCCCGCAUCAGCCCGAUGCAACUAACUUCACUCUGGAAGCGUUGAGCAAGAGAUUGGAGAACAUCGUGGAUCAUCCAGAGAACGGCAAGCCCAUGAUAUUCUCGCAAAAGUCGCCUGGCCUAGCGUCUCCAGCAUCUCCCGCUGAGCGUGACGGCAAAGAUGUGAGCCCAGAAUCGCAGGCCAAACUGAAUGAAGAGAAACCCCUUGCACCACUUCCAACGCAUCAGGCACAAAGCGAAGCAGGGUCAAAUGCUCUUAGCCCAACAUUGUCUCAAGUAUCGCGAAACACAGGCACCUUCUCCCCUCAGGAGGUGCACGAGGCGAAAGUGCAGGCCGAGUUCGAGCAAGGAGGUAUCAAGUUGAAGAAGAAGACCAGCACGAACUUCGGCGCCCCUUUCGGAUCACUCGCUGGUUUCGGUCCGAGGAGAACAUCUCAGGACAAGGCAUAG